AUGGAGCCCGAUGUAUAUCUGUAUGGAUUGGAAAGCUUGAUAGGGAGGGAGCCGGACAAUCAGGAUCAUGGGCUUUCAAUGAGAGCGGUCCAGCGGGGGUUUUUGGCUGCAGCGGCCCCCCAGGGGAGCCCUCCCUUCAGGUCCCCGGGGACCGAAGCUGUAGAGACCGAGCCGCUGCAGGGGCCCUAUGGGCACCAAGCAAGUAUCACACCGAGGGGGCCGUCUGCCGAAUUUAGGUGCACCAACGGCAGGCAGCUGCCCCUUAUCGCCACGCUCCGGCAGGCCUGCAGUUCUAACACAAUUGCAACACAACUUUUUUUUUUUCUCGUGCAAAGAAGCGGACGAGGACGCGGCGGCUCCCGGGGAGGACGACACAUUACUCGUAUCAAGAAAAGAGCAGGAGGAGGAGGAAAGAUCAUGUUUGUUCCCUUGCCGGUGCCGUUCGUGUUUCAGAGAGCUGCCCCUGACCUCAACGCCUGGCGUCUCAAGUCCCCCCUGGCUCUGCGCUCCAACUCCGACAUCAGGAUGUCAAAGCCAAUAGAGGUUGAGAAAGUGGGGGCUGACUCACCAUUGGAGGGCACAGACUCAGAGCGGAAUGGACCUGAAUCAAAUCACCAGGCUCAGUCAAUGAAAGUCAGCCCCUUCCCCCUGUCGCCAAACUUGAGCAGCAACAAGAACAAGAUGGAUGAGUGUCCCGACAUGUCUCCAGGCCUUCCACCCUCUCACGGCCCAACUCCUUCACAGACAGCCCUGCAGCAUACACAGCUUAUGCUGACCGGCUCCCAACUUGCAGGGCUGACGGCCCUGCUGCCGGCGCAGCAGCAGCUGCUGCUGCAGCAGGCUCAGGCGCAGCUCCUGGCUGCAGCCGUGCAGCAGUCCAAUGCGGCCCAUGCAGCUCACGCAGCGCACGCAGCUGCCCAAGCCAAUCAGCAAGCUCAGGCAGCUGCAGCGGCAAAUCAGCAAGCCCAGCAGCAGCAACAGCAGCAGCAACAGCAACAGCAGCAAGGGGGGCAAACAGGGCAGCAGGCUCACUCCCAGUCCCAGGGACAGGGACAGAGCACACAGGAUCAGAGCACCCAAAGUGUCCCUGUCCCACCUCCUCCGCCCCAGCUCACCCUCUCCCAGCCAAUCCAGCUGACCGCCCAGGACAUUCAGCAGUUGCUGCAGCUUCAGCAGUUGGUGCUGGUGCCUGGUCACCCACUCCAAUCUACAGCCCAGUUCCUCCUCCCACAGGCACAGCAGGGCCAGCAAGGACUUUUAACGACACCAAAUCUGAUUCCGCUACCUCAGCAAAACCAAGGGAGCCUCCUUACUGCUUCGGCUCGAAUGGGACUCCAGGCACAGCGAGACAAAAGCAUGGAUGUGAGUGGAGGUGGAGGCGUGACCACGGUGCCCUCUGGGACCGCUCACCCCGAGGAGCCCAGUGACCUGGAGGAGCUGGAACAGUUUGCCCGCACUUUCAAACAGAGACGCAUCAAACUGGGCUUCACACAAGGAGAUGUAGGAUUGGCCAUGGGCAAGCUGUAUGGCAACGACUUCAGUCAGACAACCAUCUCCCGCUUCGAAGCGCUCAACCUGAGUUUCAAGAACAUGUGCAAGCUGAAGCCCCUGCUGGAAAAGUGGCUCAACGACGCAGAAACCAUGUCCAUAGACAGCACCCUCCCCAGCCCCAGCUCCCUGUCCUCACCCUCUAUGGGCUUCGAUGGGGUUCCUGGCCGGCGCAGAAAGAAAAGAACCAGCAUUGAGACAAACGUACGCGUGGCCCUGGAGCGCUCAUUUAUGACGAACCAGAAGCCUACCUCAGAAGAGAUCCUGCUGAUCGCAGAGCAGCUCAACAUGGAGAAGGAGGUGAUCCGGGUGUGGUUCUGCAACCGCCGGCAGAAAGAAAAACGCAUCAAUCCCACUAGUGCUACCCCUCCUCUGCCCAGCCAGCCCCCCACUGCCCCACAAACGCACAAACCGCCCUGCUACAGCCCUCACAUGAUGUCCAGCCAGCUGUCGCAGGCCGUGACCAGUCUUAGCACAACGGUGACCACCAUGUCCUCCGUCUGCCCCCUGACCUCCAGCCUCACCUCCACCCACCCGUCUCUCAGCUCCACACCCUCCCCGGCGACCCCUCCACCUCCUCCCCGCAGCACAGCCAGCCCUGCCACUCCCAGCCACAGCGCGCUCAGUCUCAACACAGGCUUAUGGCGUAUGGGUAAAAAGAACGGUGACAUGUCAAACUACAUCACCGAUUUUGCUGCAAACUUGAGGAACACUGUGAUGGGAGUUAACACAGGGAUGAACCAAGCCCUCAUCGGUAACAAUCCCCUGGCCACCAUCCAAGCCCUAGCAGCCAGUGGUGGCCAGCUGCCUCUUUCCACUCUUGAGGGUGGCAGUAAGGUGAUGCUGGGGGCCUCUGGGGGACAAGGAGGGGGCCUUCCCUCCUCCCUCUUCCUCAACCACCCUUCCCUGCUCCACAUGGGCCAGAAUCCCAGCGCUGGGUUGGUCAGCGCCGCUGUAGCCAAAGUCUCCCAGGCCUCACCCUUCCCCUCCGCUAGCAGCAUCAGCCCCACACCCUGCUCCCCCUCCCCCUGCUCCAGCCCUGCCUCCUCUUGCUCCUCCAGCGAAAUGGCACACAGCCCAUCCUCUCUGGGUAUGGCCAAGAUUGAGUGA